UUCCUCUCGAGAUUACUUCUUGGUUCCGGUGGAAAGAAAAUGUCUCUGAAAAUCAAGGAGAGCGAGGUUGACAUAGUGAUAGCCGCGCUCCGGUCCGACCUCACCGCUUUCCUGGAGGCAUGGCGGCCGUUCUUUUCCCCGUUCCACAUUAUAAUUGUCAAGGAUCCCGACAUGGAAGAAGACCUGAAAAUACCCCCAGGCUUUGAUCUCCAGUUGUACACAAAAUCCGACAUGGAGGGGGUUGCAGGUGCCACCUCCAUCAACUUCUCUGGACAUUCAUGUCGCUACUUUGGCUAUCUCGUCUCUUGCAGGAAAUACAUCAUCUCCAUCGAUGAUGAUUGCUUUCCUGCAAAGGACAGUACCGGCGUCCUAAUCAAUAAUGCUGUGGCACAGCACCUGACCAAUCUAGAGAACCCUGCCACCCCGUUCUUUUUCAACACACUCUAUGACCCGUACCGCGAGGGCACGGACUUCGUCCGUGGGUACCCAUUCAGUCUUCGAAAUGGUGUUGAUUGCGUGUUAUCCUGCGGCCUGUUGCUCAACGUUGCGGAUUACGAUUCCCCCACGCAGGCCGCAAAGCCCAGCGAGCGGAAUGCACGCUAUGUGGAUGCGGUUCUGACGGUUCCCAUUGGGUCAAUGAUGCCCGUGAGCGGAAUUAAUAUCGCGUUCAAUAGGGAGGCACUGGGGCCCGCGUUGCUUCCGGGGUUGCGACUUCCUGGCGAGGGGAAGCGGAGGUGGGAGACCAUGGAGGACAUAUGGAGCGGAUUGUGUGCAAAAGCGGUAUGCGAUCACUUGGGAGUCGGUGUGAAGAGUGGGCUGCCAUAUGUGUGGAGGAAUGAGGCCGCUGACGGCGGCAGCGCGAUCGAGAGCUUAAAGAGGGAAUGGGAGGGAGUGAAGCUGAUGGAGGAGGUGGUGCCUUUCUUUCAAUCCGUGCAGUUGCAGAAAACACUCGUCAAAGCAGAGGAUUGUGUAGCUGAGAUUGCAGCGAUGGUGAGGGAGAAGCUGGGACCGCUGAAUCCAGCUUAUGCGCAAGCCGCAGCUGCCAUGGAAGAGUGGGUGAAUCUCUGGAAAGCUCUUGGUUCUCAAGGAGUGUAGUGAUGCAUUGCUUUUAUCUUUUUGCCCCCCUCUUUGAACUCAAUUUUCUUCUCCCUUACAAUAAACUCUAUCUUCCUGCAGAAUGCUUGGUGUCGGAGUCGAAUAAUUAAUUAUUGCUUCUGUUAUAUGAAGCUACUCAUUUAUGUAAGGAAAGAAAAGAAAAACUGUAAUGAGUUUCUAUUUACUUUCUUUUUCA